CUUGACUUUUCGAAGAGCGGCCCUCAGAGAUCUGACUCGAGACUGCGGAUUGUUAUGGCCGAAUGCACUUAUGUUGUCGACCCCGACGGAGACGUCAUCCUGACCCUUUACAACCCCGAUGCGCCAUUUGCGGCCUUGCCCCAAGACGAGCGACGUCGUUCUGAUAUUCUGCCGCUUGCGGACCUUCAAACUCCGCAACCAACGACGACCUCGAAGCAACCGACGGUGGCAAGUACCGGAGGAGAGCCGAAGGAAAUAAAACAAGAAAGCCCGGCAAUUACAGCGUCCCAGAAUGCGGAGCUCACCACUGUUGGGCGGGCGGACCAUUGCCAAAAUGCAAACGCAUCCGUUGGCAAUGCGACCUCCAAGUCAGAGAGCAGCCCAUCGAGCAUCACUCAGCCACCUACCAACUCUGAACCCGGAAUGGAACAUGCUCUCUCGGCAUUGGUGCUUAGCGACGAUCCCAGCAAAGAAGCACCGGCGGCUGCAUCAUACCAGGACUUCGUCUCCAAGCGGAAAGUCACCAUACGGCUCUCUGCAGCGCACCUCAUGCUCGCAUCUCCGGUUUUCCGGGAGUGGAUCGAAGAGGAUCACCGCGAAAACCCAAACCAACUAUGCCUCGAGUCGUUCUUGGCGGCAAUAGGUUGGGACGUCGAAGCGUUCCUUAUCGUCAUGCACAUUAUCCACGGUCGUACGCGAGGCGUUCCUCGCUCUGUGAACAUUGAGCUGCUUGCCAAGAUUGCGCUUAUUGUUGACCACUACCAAUGUCACGAGGCAGUCGACCUCGUGGUUUCCUUGUGGUUCACGCAGUUAAGAUGCAGACUUCCCAUAAACAAUGGUCGUGAUCGGGUACUAUGGCUCUUAGUCGCAUGGGUGUUUCACCAAGAAGCCCUCUUUGAGGCAAUCGCGACGAUGGCUGUCAACGAUAUAACUAAACCCUUCUCUGCUUUGGGUCUUGAGGUUCUAGAGCCAAUCGCAGAGAUGAUUAAUAUCAAAAGGCAACAUUGGGUUCUUUCGAUUGUUCUUGACCUCCUGAAGCUCCAACAAGGCCUUCGCGAUGGUCAAAUCGGGUGCUCAUUCGAGUGCUCAUCAAUGCUCCUUGGCGCGCUUACGAUAGAAUCGACCAGACUCAAGCUCCUUGUCACGAACACCGAUUUCUUGCUAAACAAUCAAAGUGUCGAUUCGAUAGUGACCAACGUGCAGGGGAUACGAUCACCUCAAUGGCAACGCCUUGGCGGCUUCGCGUCACCGGGACCUCGCAGCAGGUGUCUGUGUGACCUUCAUUCAAUUAUCCAACUCAUGGUCGCGAAACUGCCAAACCGUACAGCGAAGUUGGGAGAUCUCAGUGACAGCGGGAGGUCAAAUCAAUCUGACGACUGGGCACCGUCGUCAGUCAUCACACUGGACUUCUACAUCGGUGAACCAGAUCUACCGGCACGUCCUGUGGUGUACGACGAUCCAGAAGUUAGCAAGAUCCCUUCGACCAUCGAAGCCUCUGGAUUCUAUGAUGACAAUGCACAUGACAGAAUCGACCGGUUAUUGUCUAUCAAUGCACAACCCAAGUUCAAGGAUCACUCUCCCGAGGAGCUGCGCUUGGGCGACUACGCCAGGCAUUCCCAGCUUUACUUCAACCUCCUUCGGAAAUCCUGAUCUUUCAGCAUUUCUGCCCAUGCAGGACUUGGAUCUGUAGUUCUGCAGGGCGUAGAUCGUUAGUGGUGGUGUGCACCUCGUGGCCCCUUUUCCUUUUUCUUUUGUUUGCGCAAAGCUGUCGGUGUGCUCGUUUGUUCUCUCGUUUCUAAAACCAUUGACUGAAGUCAGGGCACUUUUGCUUUCGGCGCGCCGCUCGUUUUAUUAGACUGUAGUAGAAACUGGACCUCUGAAAUACACACCAAAAGUAAUUAUCUUGCA